AACCGGUUGAGAUCGUGCAGUAUCUUCUCGGCAGACCGGCAAGUAAGGUCAGUAAAGGAUGAAGCAAAACGUUUCAAUCGGACGCAGCUAUCUCUCGUCGGUGUGGUUUAUGCUGGUUUUGCUGGCAGCUGGCACGCACCGUACGGCUUUCGCACGUUCGGCUAGGGCAGGAUUUCAAGUGGACAGCGAAGAUGGGCGUUUGUCUGUACCGGAGCUGGUGUCCAAGUAUGGAUACGACGUGGAGGAACACUCGCUGAAAACGGAAGAUGGCUACCGGUUAACGGUGCACCGUGUGCAAAGUCCUGGCCGCACGAAUGGAACCGUUGUGCUGCUGAUGCAUGGUCUUCUGUGCAGCUCGGCCGACUGGCUAAUGAUCGGACCGGGUAAUGCACUGGCUUAUCUGCUCGCGGACAAGGGCUACGACGUUUGGUUGGGAAAUGCUCGCGGCAAUCGAUACUCGCGCAAUCACGAUACGAUCAACCCGGACGAUAAUUCGUUCUGGAAAUUUUCCUGGCACGAAAUCGGACGUUACGAUAUUCCGGCCACGAUCGAUUACAUACUCGAUCGCACCGGACAUCGGCGGUUACAGUACGUGGGUCACUCGCAAGGUACGACGGGAUUCUUCGUGAUGGCUUCUACCCGUCCCGAAUACAACGACAAAAUCAUUCAGAUGAAUGCUCUCGCACCGGUCGCUUUCAUGGGCAACAUGAAGAGUCCGUUGCUACGGUUUAUGACCAAGUUCCUGAAAACGCUCGACAUUCUGCUGGCCAUCUUCGGGGUUGGGGAGUUCAUGCCGAACAAACCCAUCAUGCACGAGAUCGCGAAACACAUCUGUCCACCUAGCUCGGCGAUAAACAUGUGUGCCCAUCUGCUGUUCCUGCUGGCAGGAUACAAUCCUUCCCAGAUGGAUCCGUCAAUUCUUCCCAUCCUGUUUGGGCACACACCGGCAGGCUCGGCUACGAAGCAAUUGGUUCACUAUGCCCAGGAGGUGUUGUCGAAUCGAUUUGAAAUGUACGACUAUGGUAAGGUGAAGAAUGUGCUCGUCUAUGGUUCGAGCACACCGCCCCAGUACAAUCUCUCGCUGGUAACGGCACCGGUUGUAAUGUACUAUGGGUUGAACGAUUUUCUCGCUGCUCCGGAGGAUGUGGACAGGCUGGCUGAAAUGUUGCCCAAUCUGAGGAAAAGUGUACAGGUGGAUGAUUAUCUGUUCAACCAUCUGGACUUUCUCAUUGCGAAUGAUGUGCGGCAUUUGCUGUACGAACCGGUGAUGGAAGGAAUGGCAUCCGCUGAAGUGCUGGAUUAUUGAGCGG